UAAUUAAUAACAGUUGAUUACCCUGGCGUGGCCUAAUGUCCUAAUCGGCGGAGCGACCGACCAAUCAGAGCGCUCGUUUCUGACAGGUCCUCGGGUCGAUGACGAUGAUCGAUGGCGUGACGUCAUGACCCCGUGACCGGGGCGCCUCCCGACCAAUCAGAAAGGUCGUACUGGUGAUCACGUGGUCGGCUUGCGGUGAUUAGUGACACUUUGAAUGGGGGAACGGAGCGUAAUUCGAGGAAGAUGGAUGAGUUUUUGGAGCGCACACCCCCCAAUUUUGUCCCAAGCAUGCUGGAAACGGACCGCCGAAGCAAAAACAAGCCGUGAAGCCCGUCGGAGAGGACGGGGAACUGAGAGAGAGAGCUGGCGGUUGAGAGAAGGACUAAAAAUGCAGCGGCAUAGCACCGCGUUUAGUAUUGAAGCGCUUAUAGCGAAGCCACGGCACGCACCGCAAGCCGUGUACGGCGGGUACAGUAUGUUUGUGCCGCAGCCGUUACUGGUACAGACCGUAGCAGGGCCGACACCGACCGUACCAGCGGGCCUACCGCCCGGCGCGGCCGCCAGUACCGGCCCGGGACAGGCCACGACUAACCCCGACGCCGCCACGACGACAACAGACCAUCACAACCUCGGCCCGGAGGCACACGACAACCUCCCGACAUGGUCUCCCGAUCCAGGGGCAGGCAGCCACGACGGAGGACCUGUGGAUGCAACAGUCGGAGAGGACGCUGACUCCAACCCCGACAGCGACUUGGAGCUAGACGGUGCCGACAAGUCCCCGAGCCCGACCCACGGGCUGGGCAGCCCUGCUAACCCGGGGGGUGGGGGCAAGACGCGGCGUAGGAGAACCGCCUUCACUUCGGAACAACUGCUCGAACUUGAAAAGGAGUUUCACAGCAAGAAGUACCUCAGUCUUACGGAGCGCUCGCAGAUCGCUCACGCGCUAAAACUCAGCGAAGUCCAGGUCAAAAUCUGGUUCCAGAAUCGUAGAGCGAAGUGGAAAAGAGUGAAGGCUGGAAACACCAACACCAGAGGACCUAAUCCGAACCCUAAAAUUGUGGUGCCCAUCCCUGUGCACGUGAACCGGUUCGCCAUGCGAAGUCAGCACCAGCAGAUUGGGAAAACUCAUCCAGCAUUGUGACGAGACACACACACAAGGUAGACUCUGGAAAAGGGGUACUAGUUUUACAAGCAAUAUUAUUAUUGUAGAUAUCACGGAAGUAAGUUCAUCUGUGUUGGUAGUAAAUAAAUUAUCAUAGUAAAAUGCUGAACUUUAUAUUUCAAACACAAGUACAGGCAGAUUAAAUUUUCAACGACCACUGUCGAAUUUAUGUUCGG